AUGGCAGACGCCGCACCAGCAAAAUCCCCCGCCAAGAAGAAGGUUUCCAAACCCAAGACGGUCCCCGCCCAUCCCAAGUACAUCGAGAUGAUCAGCGCUGCUGUGGCUGCCCUGAAGGAGCGCGGAGGUUCCUCGAGACAAGCUAUUCUCAAGUACAUCAUGGGCAACUACAAAGUCGGUAAUGACGCCUCUAGUGUCAACACCCAUCUGAAGAUGGCCCUCAAGAACGGAGUCAAGAAGGGAGUUCUCAAACAGGCCAAGGGUACAGGUGCCAGUGGUUCCUUCAAGCUGGGAGAGAAGCCCAAGACGGAGAAGAAACCCAAGACCAAAAAAGUCACCAAACCUAAGGCUGCCAAGCCCAAGAAAACGACCAAACCCAAGAAGACAACCGGGGAGAAAAAGCCAACAGAAAAGAAAAAGGCUGUUAAGAAACCUGCAGCACCCAAGAAG